AUGCGACGGCGAUAUAAUCAUAAAAAUUUAAAUCUUGAAAUUCAAACUCAAGGUUAGUUUUGUGCUAAUUCUUCUAAACAAGUCUCUCAAUCAAUCCGAAGGUGUAGAAUCAUGCUAGGUGUUGUAUAUAAUGAAGAGCAUAACGGAACUAAUAAUGACGAAAAAUUUUCGAUAUUUUAUAACUAUUAUAACUUUGUAAGGAAGAAACAUAACAAUUAUUUUGAUAUAACUUACAAGCUUACGUAGAGUUUUACACCAGUUUACAUUUUCAUUCUCUCUAAUUUCAUAAAUCUCAGUUCGUUUUUCUUAAAGAUUUCACAUCAUAUGUGAGUAAGUGGGGAAGUAAAGAUACUUUUAUUUUCCUUUUUUUAAAUUGUAAACAUUCAAAUUCAUAAAUUUUUUUUAAGAUCCACAAUUAUUUUGAAUACUGAUGUUUUCUUCUUGUAACGACCCCUUCAAACAUGCUGUACAGUGUUUUCUCAGUGAACAUAUUGAACUUUGAACAUUAUGGUCAGACAACGAAAUGUCGAGGUUUUUUGAAUUUUUGUAGUUUAACCUUCAAGAUUUUGAUGAUAAUCACGAAAAAAUCUUUUCAAUGUUGUUAAAAACACUUGGAUUCCUAUAAUUUUCAAAAAUAAAAGUACCAUUUUUUCCUUAGUCCAACAUCUUUGAAAGAAACAAUCAGGAUUGUGAAAACAGAGACUGCUCGCUUCAAAAUGAGACCAAAUAGAUUUGUAUGAUUUCUUUUUACGAAAUUAAAAUAGUUAAAAAUUUCAUUAUUACUGAUUCCGUUACGCUCUUCACUCUACAUUUUUUUAAUUUAAUAUAAUGCUUAAUUUAAUUCGUUUUUAAUAAACUGUAAUUUCAUUUAACAUGUAAGCAUGCCAUCAACUUUGUCUUAUAAAACUUGAUGAAUCCUGCUUUAUUUGAUGCAUUCAGUGUCUGUUAUAAAUAUUACAAUAAUUCCAUUAUAAAUAGAAUUAUUCUUACACUCUACAAUUUAAGAAUCUAACGAAUAUUUUACAUGAUAAAUAAUUCGUGUAUUUUUAUUUCUUAUAGCUAAUUUUCAAAUAAUAAAGACUCGAAUAAUAAAUUCGAACACUGAAUAAUCUAGGAAGUAGUAGAGGAAAAACUUGACAUUUUCCUACAAAUUUUCGAAUUUAGAUGAAUUUAGAAACCUAAAUUAUAUAUCUGGGAAAGAGCUUCGAUAUUCACAAUUUGUACACCGUAUGCGUUUCUCUUUACAUAAAAACUCUUUAUUGGUACGUAUAUCAAGCAAGGUCAAUUCUGUUAAAAAAUAUGCAUUAGUUAGUUAUCAUUCGCUAAUUAAAGAAGCAUAUCGCUCGCCUGUAAAUGCAUGUUAUCUUCAAGCAGCACGCACGCGCGAAGAAAUGCGUGCAUUUUCUCCGAGAGCUGGAGUAUAAAAAUUGCGAAUUUCAGCUCCCUAACAUUAAAAGCAACAACGUUCUCUAAACAUACAUAUUGUGCGGUCAAGCAUUCUCAAUAAAAACCAACAUGCAACGUUAUCUCGUAGCGUUUUUACUUGCCGUUGUGUUCAUCAAUGUUUGUAAGAAUCCUAUUUUCCUUUAAAUUAUUUGUAUCACGACUUAAACUUAUUUAUUUAUUUCAUUCAUUUAAAAUAUUCUUUAUUCGUGUUUGUAUUUUACAUAUAUAUAUAUUUUUUAAUAUUCGAAUAUUAUGUUCUAUAUUUAUUAUAUUAAUAUUAAUUUGACUGUAAAUUUUUAGGUAUUUAUAAGGAAUUGUACGGAAUGCAUAUAAUACUGAAAGAUGUAACAAAGUAUCCAAAAUUUAUGAUAUUUUAUAUAUAAAAGGACUUUUUACAUCUUUUAUUAUAUUUUCGAAAAAAUGAAUUUGCAUAAAUAUUCGCAAUCGAAUUAUAAUUAUGUAAGAGUAUUAAAACUUGUACAUGAAUAUAUAAUAUAUAUGUUAAUUUUACUUAUUGUUAUACAUACAUAUAUGUUGUUAUAUAAAAUGUUACUCUUUAGUAUUACUCUCAGUGCCCUGCUUCGUAACACAAUUUUUAUUCUGUGAUUUUUAUAAGUGUUCGUACUAAAUUAGGUAGUACGCUGACAUCAACAUGUUCAACAAAUGAAGAAUGGAACAUUUGUGGACGUUUAUGUGAACUAAACUGUGAUAAUCCGCAUCCAAAUCCAAAAUUUUGCCCCGGAAUAGUGAGUGGUUUUGAUGUUCGUACUAAAUUAGGCUCGCUGACAUCAACAUGUUCAACAAACGAAGAAUGGAACAUUUGUGGACAAUUAUGUGAACCAAGCUGUGGUAAUCCGCAUCCAAAUCCAAGAUUUUGCCCCAGAAUAGUGAGCAUUCGAAGUUUUGAGUUGUUCUCACUUACUUAGCAUUAAGAUACAUGUCCGUUUGAGUAUAUUUCGAGAAUUAUUUCUCUCAAGAUUUAUUACUCUAACAUUUAUACGAACAGACAAAUUUGGUAUAAAAUAUCUUAAAAAUUUGUACGGAAAAGCAAAAUUGGUAGCAAUUAUCUGGAAUUUAAGUAUUAAGUCACAAUAAAUUUAUUUCUGUUGAUAAUAUCAAUUUACAUACAUUUUUGGAAAUAUUUACAGAAUUACUAUAAUUUUAUUUUCUUUUCAAUUGAAUUCGAUUUAUUAUCUACACACUUGACUUAUAUCGUUUAAAUUAUUAUAUAUAUAAAUUGUAUAUAUACAGUAUAUAA